GUGAUUGAUUCUCUAUGGACACACUUUUUGUCAGCUUAGCUGUUAAACGUCUAAAUUUGGGUUAGAUUAUAAAUGCACCUUAUAAUAUGAGAUAAAGAGUCCUUUAAAGUACCAACGUAAAAUAUAUUCGAAUUAUGAUUAGUAAAAGAGACAUCAAUAUUUUUUUACCACCUAUGAUAUGUAAUAAUUUACGGGAAAAAAUCAAAGAUGGUGCGAUUGAUGAUAUGGACAACUUAGUACUGAAUCAAGACAAACGAAACGGAAGGAUUUCGAAACUGAGCCUAGGAAAUAAAAUCACAAAUAUCAGUCCCAGUUCUAUACGUCCAUUAUCAAUAACUUGGUUUCCUGAUCAACUUUAUUUUGCUAUUAACAAAAAGAAACUCACUAAGAAGUUAAGGGUCUUGAAUGCUUGCUCAAAUACCGUUUACAUACACUGCUGUGGGUUAUGGAACGAGAAGGCAAGAUUGGGAGCAAGUUGGAAUUGCCAUCCCCGUACCAGACUUCGUUUAGCGCCAGGAUUAAUGGGCGAAAUAACAGUCCAAAUUAAACCUCGUGAAACAAGUCCCGUUCAACUUACGUGUGCUGCUCUGCAAUUAGCUGCGUCGCGUCUACGGGAAAACGUAACAGGAUAUUUCGCCGUUCCCAUUGAAGUUUCAUUCUUGAACAGUGUGAUGCCGUCUUUAACCGGCGAAGAAUCAUAGCAAAGAAAUAAACGGAAUUCUUGAUCACAUCACAGAAGACUGAAAUUAUUUAAUAUAAAAAAAGUGAAACAUUUUUUUUUUUUGCAAAAACUGAAAUUAAUUUGUUUGUAAAAUAUAAAGUAGAAUAAAAUAUACAUCUGUGAAUCAAUUUAUCUUCUCGUAUAA